AUGUCUUGGUUCUCCUGGUUCUUCACUCUGUGGCCCUCUAAAGCCACAUCCCUGCUCCUUGCGGAUCUUGUGGGCAGACAGCUGGGGCUUAGAGUGGGACUACAGGUGGUUCAGACACUGACUUGUUCUCAGUGGGGUACACCGAGUGACAAGGGUCUGUUCCAGGAUGGAGAUGUAGUUAUUGGUGGGCUCUUUAAUUUCCGUUACCAAACUCCAGCUAUUGACCAUGACUUCACUCAGCUACCACACAACAAACCUUGCGCUGGUUUAGAACAUGUUCCUUUACAGUAUAUAUAUGCUAUGGUGUUUGCGGUGGAGGAAAUCAAUCAUAGUACAACCCUGCUACCAGGUGCGAAGCUGGGCUACCAUAUACAUAACAGCUGUGGACUUCCCCAAUGGGCUCUCCAGUCAGCACUGUCGCUGGUUGGCGGAGACAGCACCAGCUGCAAUUUGACAGCUCCUCUAGAUUAUUCUGCUGGUGGACACCCUGUUCCCUUGAUCAUCGGUGGUGCUUCAUCCACAACAGCCCAGAUACUCUCACGAAUCCUGGGGCCACUCUCUGUACCUUUGGUCAGUUACCUGGCGAGCUGCCCCUGCUUGAGUGACAGGCUCCAGUUUCCAAACUUCUUCAGGACGAUCCCCAGUGACAUUUACCAAGCCCGGGCCAUUGCCCAGCUUGCAAUUCGCUUCAACUGGACCUGGAUUGGAGCAGUGAUAGCAAACAAUGAUUAUGGCCAUGCAGCAAUAAAGGUAUUUCAGAAGGAGAUUCAGGGGGCAGGGGUGUGUCUGGCAUUUGUAGAGACUCUGCGAAGGGAAAACAUUGUGAGUGAUGCCAGACGAGCAGCACUCACAAUUCAGGCCUCAACUGCAAGGGUGAUUCUGAUCUUUGCCUGGUAUACAGAUGUGAGGGAACUGUUUCUACAACUGGCCAAGAUAAAUGUGACUGAAAGACAGUUUCUGGCCAGUGAGUCUUGGAGCACUAGUGGUGAUCUUCUCCAAAAUCUUGCCACCUCUAAAGUGGCAAGUGGUGUUCUUGGUGUGGCCAUUCGAAGUUCACCUAUGCCAGGAUUUGGAAAUUAUCUCAGAAGUUUGAACCCAUCUCACCGUCCUGACGAUGAGUUCUUCAGAGAAUUCUGGGAGCAGGUGUUUGGAUGUAGUCCUGAGGUCACUUAUCACUCUUCACCACUCCAAUCUGUAACACCUCGACAAAGAUCUAGCCGUCCUUCAAAUACUUCUACUUCAUCUUUUCCCAACACACCUCUUCAGAAAGCUUUUCUACCACUGUGCAGUGGGAUAGAGUCCCUGGAGAGAGUGCAGAAUCUUUUUACUGACAUCUCCCAGCUAAGAGUGACAUAUAAUGUCUACCUUGCUGUUUAUGCUGCAGCCCACGCUCUUCACAACCUUCUCUCCUGCACUGACACAGACAGCCCUCCCAGAAACAACUCCACUUGCUCAUCUCCAAAAGACAUCAAACCCAUAGAGCUGUUGCAGCACUUGAACAACGUGAACUUCACCACUCCACAGGGGGAAAUGUUCUUUUUCCAAGGGGCCGACACUCUAGCAAAGUAUGACCUUAUCAACUGGCAGAAAACUCCUGAGGGCUCACAAAAACUAGUUUUGAUUGGUCACGUGGACGGAUUUGAUCUGCACCUUAAUGAAUCAGCUAUUCAGUGGAGCACAGGAUCUUAUCAGGUGCCUAUUUCAGUGUGCAGUAACAGCUGUCCCCCAGGGACCCGAAAGGCCAACAGGAAAGGCGAACCUGUCUGCUGCUUUGACUGUAUCCCAUGUGCUGAAGGGGAGAUUAGUCACAAAACUGGUUCCCUUCACUGUGAGCGUUGUCCACCUGAGUUCUGGUCCAAUGAUAAACAAACUGCUUGCAUCCCUCGCCAGCUGGACUUUCUUUCCUUUAAUGAAACCUUGGGCAUUACUUUGACAACAGCAGCUGUGUCUGGUGCCAUUGUGACAACAGCUGUAUUUGUGGUGUUUCUUUGUUACCGACAAACACCUGUGGUGCGAGCCAACAAUUCAGAACUGAGCUUCCUGCUUCUUCUGUCACUGAAACUCUGCUUCCUGUGCUCACUGGUGUUCAUUGGUCGUCCAUCAGUCUGGUCUUGUCGGUUCCAGCAGGCAGCAUUUGGGAUCAGUUUUGUACUUUGUGUUUCCUGCCUCCAAGUCAAGACCAUAGUGGUUCUGGCAGCGUUCCGCUCAGCUCGGCCUGGUGCUGAAGCCUUGAUUAAGUGGUUUGGUCCAGGCCAACAGAGAGGAAGUGUCUGCCUACUUACUUGUAUACAGGUUAUCAUCUGUGUCAUAUGGCUGUCUCUCAGUCCCCCUGUGCCUCGACGUGAUCUGGGUUUCAAAGGGUCAAAGGUCACUCUGGAGUGUGCCAUGACCUCUGUGGUGGGCUUCUCUCUGGUUCUGGGUUACAUUGGUCUGCUGGCCUGCACCUGUCUCAUCUUGGCCUUUCUUGCAAGGAAACUCCCCGACAACUUCAAUGAGGCCAAACUGAUCACCUUCAGCAUGCUGAUCUUCUGUGCUGUCUGGGUGGCCUUUGUCCCUGCUUAUGUUAGCUCUCCUGGGAAAUACACUGUUGCUGUGGAGAUUUUUGCAAUUCUUGCCUCUAGUUAUAGUUUACUGUUCUGUAUUUUUGCUCCAAAAUGUUUCAUCAUUCUUUUGAGGCCUGAGAAAAACACUAAGAAACAGUUGAUGGCCAGGUAG